AUGCGCUCCACGGUUCUACUUCUCCUCGCCACCCCCUCGGCGCUAGCUUUCCCAUGGCUCAAACCCGAAGGUCUCGAGGCGCUACUGAAACAUCCAGAAGCACGCGCUGAAAUCGAGCGUAAGCUGCAAAGCCGAAAUGCUGCUUCAGCAGAGCCUCGCCAACUUGUAGACACCCUCAAACCUAUUCUGGACCCUCUACUAGGACUCAUCCCAACAUCCGACUCUGUGAAGGAUUUGAAGAGGUUCCCUGAGGCGGACUACCCUUUCCAACCUCCUGGCCCUACUGACCAGCGCGGUCCCUGUCCUGGCCUCAAUACAUUGGCAAAUCAUGGAUACAUUCCACGAAAUGGCAUCGUGACAAUCGCCCAAAUCCAAGCCGGAACAGAAGCUCUCUUCAACAUGGCCCCCGACCUAAGUGCACUCCUCGCUACUGGCGGAGCCCUCGACGGCGGCGACAUCCUCUCCACCAAGAUGAGCAUCGGCGGACCCGACGCACGCGUAGGCGUCCUAAAUGGAGCGCUCAACUCCCUCCUCGGCACCCCCUCAGGUAUCGCAGGUCACGGCAAAUUCAACGAAGGCGACGCCUCCGCCACCCGCCUCGACUUCUACCUCCAAGGCGACAACAUCUCCUUCCAACCCUCCCUCUUCAAGCAACUCCACCAGCAAGCCCUCGCCCACGGCAACGGCACCUACAACACCGACGCCAUAAAAGAGCACUUCAAAGCCCGCUACUUGGCCUCUCGCGCCGCAAACCCUCAAUUCUACUUCAACGUCCCCUCCGCCGGCGUUGUAAUGGGCGCCUACUACUUCAUCCCGGGCUUCUUCUCAAACGGCACCCUCGCAAACGAAGCUUCCAUCACGAGUUUCUACGGCGCAAAGCCUCGACAGCCUGCAAAGUGGGAUGAUCCGGAGCUAGAAUACACAAGCGUGCCUGAGCGUAUACCGGAGCAAGGAUGGUACCGUCGCGCGACACCCAUGACUGUCGUCGAGGCCGCAGCAGGUAUCCUGGACGUCUAUCUGUACGCUAGACCGGCGAUCGGGGGCGCGGGCGCGGAUCAAGCGUGGGUCGUGGGAUCCGCGGUUUUACCUGACAAUCCCCAGGCGCUCUCGUGCUUCCUUUACAAUGCUGUGUAUGCGAAUUUCCCAAGCGAACUGUUUAAUUCGGUGCUGCUGGUGCAGAGUGUGGUUAAUUUCCUGAGUGGCGCGUUGGUGCCGGGUUAUAAGGCGUUGGGGUGUCCCAAGGAGUUCCCCGAUAUGACUGGGUUUACUUCUGCGGGCUAUGAUGAGUGGGCAAAGGGGUACACGGGGGAGGCGAAGACAAAGGGCGUGGGGAGUGGGUGGUAUAGGAAAGGGUGA